CUGUCUGUUGUAUGGGGGUGGACCUCCGUGUAACUUCAUUUGUGUGCUCUAUGUGAUUGUUGUUGGGUUGAAUUUUAAGUGGUAAACUCUGUAUUACUGAAUCAGACAGGAUUACUAAGAAAGGAACACAGCAUCUCACGUAAUACUACAGUUAAAUUCAUAUAUACUAGGUACAAAAGUAUCAUGGCAGAAUCAGAUUUCACUGAGUUACUUCAUGCAGCUGAGCAGUUGUCAGCUGAAGUGGAAGGGAGUGGUGAUCUACCAAAAGUUGAAAGAACAUUACGCCAAGUUUUAGAAGCAUCCACUGAAUUAUGGUCAAGAGUGACACAAACUGGGGCACAGGAUAUUCAAGCACAUUUACUUUUGGGCUCAAAAGGAGUAGAUCUACCACAGCUGUCACAAAAGCUUGAGGUCUUGAGUGCUCGGAAAACAUUUGAACCUCUUGAGCCAAUUCCUGAUACAGAUAUUCAAAGUUUCUUAAAAAAUGAAAAGGAAAAUGCUAUCUUGUCAAUUAUUGAGGAGACUCACAGAAGUUGUUUUGAUGAUACAGAGAAACUGCAAUGGGAACACAUUGAAAGUGAAUGGAAACAGGAAAAACAGAAGGCACUCAAUGCUCUUGCUGGAACUUCCGAAGAGUUUCUCAACCUUUCUCUCCAACCAGAGCCCUCGAUUAUCAGCGACACCCCAAAGAGUGGACUUCGAAGUCUGCUGGAUAACCAGGAAAUGGCAUACGCAAAACAAGUGAUAGACUACAAUAAGGUUGUGGUUCAAGGAAUCAUUCGGCCUUCUCUAGUAGAUAAGUUUUCUCAAGUUGCAGAGAGCUUGAAUGAUAAGAAAGUGAGUGAGUUAUGGGAAAUGGUCUCCUAUAUGUCAGAAGUUCCCCCGAGAGCAACAGGUGAUCCUUUAGCUUCCCGGAUGCAGUCACAGAUCAGAAAUGUCCUCAUCUUUCAAGCCAGGAAAUAUCUGGAAGACAGAUACAGGACAUAUAUGACUAGUGUUGUGAUGGGGAACCUCCAGCAAGCCCGCCGAGGUGGUGUACCUGGAACAUUUCCAUUGGUUCGUAGUUUUGUAGCAGUUCGAAUUCCACCAGGCAUGACAGGUCUAGAAGAUGGCACUGUGGAAGAUCAACCAUUUUGGCCACUGGUUUAUUAUUGUCUUCGUUGCGGUGACAUAGCAGCAGCCUUGUAUUGUGCCAGACAGGCUGGAUCAGGGAUGGAUGAGUUCUGUUCAGUAUUGGAAGAGGUUAUUAACAGCAAAGACAGAAAACUGAGUUCUCGAUUAGAGACUUUGAUAAAGUUCCAGUAUCGUCGACAUAUUAGAAAUACCACAGAUCCUUUUAAGAGAGCUGUGUACUGUGUGAUUGGAUCAUGUGAUGUGAAUGAUGAACAUUCAGAAGUAGCCAAGGCUGCAGAUGAUUAUUUAUGGUUGAAACUUUGUCAGAUUCGUGAAGAAGAAAGCACAGAAAGUCAGGUUACAGACAGAAUGACUUAUACUCACUUACAGUCUUUAAUACUUGAAGAAUAUGGUGAAAGUCACUACAAUGCACAUGAGCAACCACAUGUAUACUUUCAAGUUCUGAUUCUUACUGGUCAGUUUGAAGCAGCAAUUGAAUUUCUGGCUCGUAUCGAGAAACUGCGGGUUCAUGCUGUGCACAUUGCUAUAGCACUCAAUGAACAUCAUUUGCUAGGUAUUCCAGCGAAUGUUCAGGCUCCUUUAUUGUCUGUUGAUCCUGGUGAUGAACCUCCAGCUCGAAGACUGAACUUGGCUCGGCUCAUCAUGCUAUAUGUUCGCAAGUUUGAAGCCACUGAUCCUAAAGAGGCACUACAGUACUAUUAUUUUCUUAGAAACAUGAAGGGCCCUGAAGGUGGGAACUUGUUCAUGACCUGUGUCAGUGAUCUUGCACUAGAAUCCAGAGAAUUUGAUUUGCUGUUGGGCAUCUUGGAAUCUACUGGUCUAAGACUGCCCGGUCUUAUUGAUACCUUUCAAGGAGUGCAGGCUGAUACAAAGCUUAUUAUUGGACAGGUUGCCAUGGAUUCUGAAAGAAAAGGGAUGUUUGAAGAUGCCAUUAAGUUAUAUGAUCUAGCAGGUAAUCAUGAAAAAGUUCUGGGUUUGAUGACUUCAAUGUUGAGCCAGGUGGUACAUCAAGUUAAUCGUCCUGGGUCCCUGCGUUCACGUCUGCAGGAGCUGGCAGACAACAUUACGAGCCGAUACAGGGGACAGCAGAUUAAUAGUUCUCCAGACAUAGCGUCAACAUUCUUUUUGUUACGGGAUCUCCUUAUUUUCUUUGAUCAGUAUCAUGCUCAAGAAUACCACCAAGCUCUUGAGACAAUUUCGAAAAUGAAACUAAUUCCCAUGACUCUAAUGGAAGUUGAGGAACGAGUGAACAGUUUCAAGCGUCUUGGAGAAGAGAUAUGUCGCAACAUCCCAGAUGUGCUGCUUGCAACAAUGAAUUUGCUUUAUAUCCAGUAUAAUAAGACAAGGGGAGGAGAUGCAAACACUUCUGGCACUGGAAGGUUAGAAGAUAAACAACUGGCAUAUUUCCGUGAAAAAGCCCGUGCAAUCACAAGUUUUGCAGGCACUGUUCCCUAUCGCAUGCCUGGAGAUACCAAUAGCAGGCUCGUUCAGAUGGAAAUUCUCAUGCAUUAGGAAACUUUGGCAUGCGUGUGAUUCCAAUGAAGUUGGUGCAUUGUCCUUUUUUUAAGGUAAUAAAAAGUUUUUGCAAUA